CAUGCUCUUAACUCUUGGCCAGACUUUGGGAGCUUCAAUCUUCCGUGAGCGACGUGUGAAGACGGUAGCGUCCUAGCGUCCUAGUCAGGACGAGGCGCCAUUAAUGAACAUGGCUCCUUGCAGAGAUGCGAGGCCCGAGAUAUGUGGGUUCCACCUUGACAUUUCGAUUGCCGCUGCCCCUCAGUCGACAGCCCUGUUAGCGCCUGAAGUGAUGAGAUGCUGCACAAGGCUUCCUGAUUGGAAGAUCCAAUCAGGAGAGCUAUGUCUGUUUGUGGGUUCUUCCCAGUGGGAAAGCAUCAUCGAGGCCACCUGGGCGAGCCACUUCACGACCUUUCUUUGGCCGGAUGCGGUCGGCGUCCAGGCCGAAGCAUCCAAUUGCACAAACAAGCUCCCCAGGCUGAGCCUGGAAGCGGUCCCAGGAGUUUCGGCAGAUCAGCCGCAUUUUCAGGCGUUGAGCCUCUGGUCCACAUUGGCUCGGAGGCUCCUUACUCCGAAUGUCUCCAGGAGCGAAGAUCCACUGAGCCAAUGUUACUGGCUGAUGCACGUGGAUGGCAGGAGCUACAUCAACAUCCCUCGCAUUGCUGAACGACUGGACUGUGUGGCAGGUUUGCAGCCGGAGUACUACGCUCUGAGCGCCAUGAUCGGAGAGUCCCGGGUGGGCCUGGCAGAUGAGUCCACCGGGUACGUCUUCGGUCGCAAGCUCUUGUUUCACCUGCAUUCCUCUGGCUGGGUGGAGAAGUGUGCGAGGGAGUUCUCCAACAGCGAAGAUGCCCAAGGAUUUGGCUGGACAUGGCCCUCAGGUUUCUAUGUUUCUCUUUGCCUUUGGUGGCAUCAGCGCUUAAGGUCCCAGCGGCUGGGCGACCCGCUGCAAGAAGUCCUCACUCGCUCGCUGCCUCGGGGCAGGGACAGUCCACUCCAUCGGCUGCGCAGUCUACACCCCUCUGGGCAUUGUAUCUUGUGUGCUGCGGCCAGCUCUCCGUCCAGCCUCCGUGAGAUCCAUCGUCGUGUGCAGAUCGCCAGCCCGGGGGAGAAGGAUGUGGCACGGGAUUCUUUGAGGGCCGAGGUGGGCUGCUUUGUGCACAGCCUGGCAGAGCCGGAAGCUCUUGCACCUCCUUGGAGCUAUCGAGUUGCACGGGCGAUCGCAAGGUGCCCGCUGAAGCUUGCCCUUGGUCAACAGCCUGAAAUAGGCGUCAGCAUCUUGAAGCAGGAGCUCCUCAGGCCUUCCUUGCCAAAGGGUGCCGCCGCGGCGUAUCUGCGAGGUAGGCGGAAGGAGCUUUGUAUUUUGAUGCCGGCCACGGAUGCGACACCGACGCAGGUGGACCGCGCGGUGGCAGCGGUGGAGACCUGGGCGAGGCGCUACUUGCCCAGUGCUGGAAGAGUGACCGGUCGCACUUUGGCCUUGUUGUACAGCCGACAUCCGCUUCUUGAAACUUGGAAGGACUUCACGUUGUCUCUGCACGGAGACCUGGACAUGCGACAUCCCAAGUUCAACGCGUUGCGUUUCGUGUACAUGUGGCUGACAUUGGCCACGCAUUUGGCGACCUACUGUGACUUCUGGAUGAAGGCCGACAUGGAUGCUUAUGUGAACAUUCCACGAAUUCGACAAGCCCUGCGGUUCAUGAACGCAUCGGAGAAGAUCUACGCCGGGGCCGUGACGUUCUCACACGGUCCAGGCUAUGAGACCUGGAACACCUUUGCACAUGGUAUUGGUUACAUCAUCAGCCGCGCAGCUCUGCGUGCAGCAGUGCCAGGCCUCCGAAAAUGUAUGGAUCAACUGCUACAAUUUCGCUUGGAAGCCAUUGAGGACAUGCUGCUGGGUGCUUGUUUGCGAAAGGUGGAGAUCUAUCCGCGCGAGCUUGGUCACAUGAUCUACAACUAUCGGAGCGGGCAAGUGCAGAGGGUUUUGGAGGAGAAGCCCUUGGUGACUCAUCGUGUGGAUGAAGACGAAAUGUACCGCUUGCACACUGCAGUUGCUGACGAGCCAAAGAUGGUCGAGCUUUCUCCCGAGGAGAAAAAGAUGCGUCACUGCGAGGAUCUCCUAGAGCCGGCAAUGUGCAUCAGACUUUUGUGUUUCUCAAACAAAUUGCUUUGGAUGUCCAGUUCGUUCAGGCCAUGAAGAUGCAAUUCUCACAUAAAUGCUUUUUUGCCCCGACCUGCUUGGCUUAGACAUGAGAACGGAGAGGGCGAGAG